AAACAACACCCUGGCUUCUCGUACAGGGUCACUCCUUCGUCACGAACUCUCAAAGUCUCAGUCCUCGUAAUAUAAACACCACGCCUCCUUCCCCAUCUCCUCCUUCCUCCAUCCGAAAUUCCCAAGCGAACCCGGUGGAAUUCCUUCUCAGUUCUCGCCCCCCACAGCAGCAGCGCAAACCCCAAGCCCCUCGCAGCGGAGCCCCCCGAAUCCCCCGGCCGCCUAUCCGGCCGGAACCCUAGGAGAUUCGCCCUGAUCCGCCCCGGCAGGCACCGGCGGCCCCGGGGCCCUCCUCCGCGCCGCUAACCCUAGGGAUUCGGCGGCGGUAUGGAGGAGCUGGUGGGGAGGGCGGUGAGGAAGGCGUUCCCGGGGUUCGGGGUGUUCGGUGGCGUGGUGGAGUCGUACGACGCGGAGGCCGGCUACUUCCGCGUGCUGUACGAGGAUGGGGACUCCGAAGAGGUCGAUGGGGCCGAGAUGGCCGCCAUCCUCGUCGGCGCGCCCAUGCCGGCGCAGCCGGUGACCCCCGGGGGUUCCGCUGGGAAGCGGCCGAAGAAGCGGCGGCGUGGGGAUGAGGAGUCGUCGUCCCCGCAAGGGGAUGUUUCGGCCGCGGCGGAUGGGUCCGACUGCGUGACGCCUGCGGAGGGGAGAUUGGGUGGGGGAAAUGGGGAGGUGGGGGCGGAGAAGAAGCGGAGGGUGGACGCUGGGCUGGAAUCUUCUAGGCCUGUUCGCCGGAGCGCGAGGCAGGCUAAGGCGGCGGCCCUGGCGGCUGAGAUGGAGGCGGUCGCUGCUGUUGUCGCGGCUGCUGAGGCUGCUGAGACUGCGGCUGCGGCUGGUGGUCCUGUGGCUGCGGUUCCCGUUGCUGCUACGCCGCAGCAGUCUGGGAGGAAACGCCAGCGUGGAAAUGGGAGCAGUCGGUAUCGCUCUGUUGCCAAGGAUUUAGAGGACGCGGCGCUGGAUAAACUGCCGCCAAAGCCAGAGCUGCCGCCGUCAUCGCAGGGGUUGGAUUUGGCAGGCCUCCCUGUUCUGGAUGUCUUCCAAGUCUACUCCUGCUUGAGAUCAUUUAGCAGGCAGCUAUUCCUCAGCCCGUUUGCGCUAGACGCAUUUGUGGCUGCACUGCGGUGUACCCACGUGGACCCUUUGAUUGACUGGGUGCAUUUUGCUCUGCUCCGGUCUCUGAGGAGUCAUUUGGAAGAUCUGGCCGAUGAAGGGGACCCUUCAGCAGUACACUGUAUCAGGAAUCUUAACUGGGAACUUUUAGACCUAGCAACUUGGCCAAUAUAUCUUGCUGAGUACAUACUAACUCGGGGUUCAGAACUGAGGUAUGGUAUGAAGCUUACAGAUCUAAAGCUGUUGAACACAGAGUACUACAGGCAACCAGCAACAGUAAAACUCGAGCUGCUGCGUACACUCUGUGAUGAUGUGUUGGAGAUUGAGGCUGUGCGUUCUGAACUUGGUUUAAGGGAGUUGGAUGGAAAUGAUGAGGGCUAUAAAAGCACUAGAGUGAGAAGGAAAAGGAGAGGUUCUUCUGUCAAGAGCUUAGCAGAUUCUUCUCUGCCUCCGGAAGGCUCUGACGAUACGGAUGAUGGUAACAGUGACGAGUGUUAUCUGUGUGGUAUGGAUGGUAACCUGUUAUGCUGUGAUGGCUGUCCUGCUGCUUUUCAUUCAAAAUGUGUGGGGGUGGUGGAGGAUCUAUUGCCUGAAGGAGAGUGGUAUUGUCCUGAGUGUUUGAUGCAGAGGAAUAAUGGGUCCAGAAAUAUGGCAAAGCUUGGUAGAGGAGCAGAGGUCCUGGGAAUCGAUCCACAUGGACGACUAUACUUUGGUGCCUGCAGCUAUGUUUUGGUGGUUGAUUCAUGUGAUGUGGACUCUCCUUGUCAUUAUUAUGGUCAGAUCGAUCUUCAUUCGCUUGUUACAGUGUUAACUUCAUGUCACCGUUCGUACAAUUCAAUUGUAAAUGUGAUCUCUUUGUUUCUGAGCAUUGCCAUUGAAGCAUCUAAUUGUAACGGUCGGUAUAAGAAUAGCAAGGAAUGUAGUACCUCUGACCAUGAGAAAGACUGCAGGGAAUCAUCACUGAAGCAACCUAGUGAAAGUGAACAGUAUAAGAUAGAGAAGGAUGGCUCCUCUGAACAAUUGGAUGCCGGAAAAGUUUGUACCUCAAAGUCAGAUCAGGAUGCCUCAAACGGGAAAUACAUCCUGACAUCUGCAACUGUUUCUCAAAAUGGCAGUGAAACUAUAGUUGGGAAGUUGAAUCAAACAUCUCAAAGUAACAUAUCUAGUGCCAACAAGGAUAGAUGCCAUUCUCAGCUAGAUGAUGUUUGCUUACAUGUUAAUGGUUUGCCUGCUGAGAAUCAGAACGGUCCAUCACCUAAAAAAGAAGCAAGUGAUUGUUCUCUCCAUUCUGACCCCACUAGGUAUAUAAACUAUUAUAGUUUCGGUCAAAUCGCAGCAUCAGCUGCUCGAGAGUUGAAGCACAAGCUGUCUGAAAAUGAAGAAGGAAAGAAGCAUGGUCAGGAUGCAGUUUCUUUUCGACUAAAAACAAUAUGUAAAAAAUAUGUUAAUGUUUUUGCACUGACUGAUCAAAAGUUAUCCGUAGAGCUUCUAAAAGAAAAAUGUGGCUGGUGUAACUCCUGCCAAAUCAGUAGUGGUACUGAUUGCAUUUUCAGAGUCGUUGAUGGUCUGAAGCCAUGUAAUCUUGGUCUUUUGUCAGAAAAGAAUAAGGAAAGUCAUAUCGUACUUGCUAUGCAUAACAUUUUGUCGAUUGAAGAGCGUCUGAAUGGUUUACUGUCUGGUCCAUGGCAAAACCCACAAUAUAGUAUUUAUUGGCGGAAAGCAGUUCUUAGAGCAUCAGAUCUAUCGUCAUUGAAGCAGCCCCUUCUCAUGUUAGAGUCCAGUCUGCGACGUGUUGCCUUCUUUGGGGAUUGGCAAAAACCAGCAGACUCUGUUGAAGUUGUUGGGUCUGCAGCUCAUAUCUUGGUACGGUCAUCUAAUAAAUCUAAGAGUUAUGCAAGUGCUAGAAAGCCGGGGAGGAAGCCAUCUAUUGAUGAGCUCAAAGUUGACUCCCCUGAUGUUGGUGUUUAUUGGUGGAGGGGUGGAACAUUAUCUCGUCAAGUGUUUCAUUGGAAGAGGUUACCUCAGUCGUUAGCCUCCAGAGCUGCUCGGCAAGCGGGACGCAAGAAAAUUUCCACCAUAGUGUAUCCAGAAGGUUCGCAAUUUGCCAGGAGGUUAAAGUACAUCGCUUGGCGAGCUGCCGUUGAAAUGGCACAGAAUGUGUCUCAGCUCAUUUUACAGAUUAAAGAGCUUGAAUUGAAUAUCAAGUGGAAUGAGAUAUUGAGCACUCUCUCUUCUGCCCUUGCAACGAAGGAAAGCCAGAGGAUAGCAAGGCUUUUUAAGAAAGUUAUAAUUCGGAGAAAACGUAUAGAAGCAACAAAUGCAGAAUAUCUACUUGAUUUUGGAAAGAGGGAGAAUAUUCCUCCUGUUGUUGUUAAACAUGGAAUAAAACUUGAGGAGCCCUCGAGCGAGAGGAACAGAUACUGGUUGAGCGAGGGUCAUGUCCCUCUUAGUCUUUUGAAGGCAUAUGAAGCCAAAGCAAUAACUCGCUUACUGAAAAAGAAAGAUACCGAUGAUUUUGCUAGGAAGACGAGCGACUUCAGACCGAAAAAGCCAAAAACAUCAGUGUUUGAUGACCUCCUAGAGAAAGCAAAAAAGCUACCCAGCAGGCUCUGUUGUCAGUGUUACAAAAAUGUAAUUGCCAGUGACGCUGUGAACUGCCAAUAUUGUGAAGCACUUUUUCAUAGAAAGCAUUUCAAGGUUCCUAGAGGUGCUGUUGAUGCUUUUUACGUCUGCAACAAGUGCCUAGCUGAAAAGGUCUCGCCAGUGAAGUCUCCACAGAAAAAGGCUGCAUCAACGAAGAGCUCUCCAAAAAAGAAGCAAAAGAAGCAACCACGAAAGAUUUUGAGAAGAGGAAAUCAGAUAGUUAUCAACCUCAAGAAGAAAGCUGGCCAGAAGAAGGGCAAGCGUGGCCGUCCUAGAAAGAAUCCAUUGAGUGUGUCGAAGAAUGAAUCGCUAAAGAUGCCUGAGAGUCAACCAUCAAGUGAGCCCAAGAAUGAGCCGGUGAAACGCAUAUCAAAACGAUUAUAUGACAAGUACAUGAAAGGUAACUCAAGUGUAUCUGAGCAUAAAGCAAGCUGCCGUAAGAGGAAGAGGACUGCUUUGCAUUAUUCGUACUGGUUAGAUGGCCUUCGAUGGGCACAAAACACAGAUGAUGAACAGGCAAGAAAUUUCAUGAAAGAAAGAAUUGUGUUUCCAUCUGAAGAUGUUGAACUUUCUGAAUUCAGUCCAGUAUGCUGCCUGUGUAAGAAAUGCUACAGUGGGGAUGCCAUUUAUAUUGCUUGUGAGAAUUGUGAAGAUUGGUUCCAUGGGGAUAUCUAUUCUAUUACCCUAGAAAAUGUCGGUAAUCUCAUAGGCUUCAAGUGCCAUGCAUGCCGUCUGAGAGCUGUACCUGUUUGUCCAUAUGCACAAACCGAUGCAUUUCUUGGGGAUCAAUCAAGGGAAGACGCUGUCGACAUGUGUGUAGAGGACAAGGACAUCAAUUGUCCUGAAGAUCCGGGCACUUCUGAUGGUCUGAAAGAGCUUGAUGAUCAUAAUAUCGAGGAGGUGCUCCACGGUCAUGACAUUGAGAAACAGGCCGGUGAUCAUAAUUGUUUGAAAGUUCUUGAGAAUCAAUCCAGGGAAGAUGCUGUUGACAUGUCUAUAGAGGACAAGGGCAUCAAUUGUCCUGAAGAUCUGGUCACUUCUAAUGGUCUGAAAGGUUUUGAUGGUCAUAAUGUCAAGGAGGUGCUCCACAGUCAUGGCAUUCAGAAACAGGUCGGUGAUCAUCAUUGUUUGAAAGUGCUGGAAGAUCAUAAUGGUCUAAAAGAGCCCAGCAGUCAUAGCACGGAGAAAGAGCUUGAUGAUCGUAAUUGUUUAAAAGACCCAGGCAGUCGUAACAACAUGAAAGAGGCUGACAGUCACAUCACUGCGGAAGGGCCUCAUGAUCAUAAUAAUCAUUGGGCCCAGAAAGAGCUUGAUAAUUAUAAUUGUCUGAGUGAGCUGAGCAGUCAUAACAAUGUGAAAAAUCUGGACAGCGGGAACAAUACUGAAGAGCUUGGUAGUACUAAAGAUAGCAAGUUUGCUGCUGGAGAGACACAAUGUAUGGAAGAGCUGGAGAACCAUAACAGUCUGAAAGACCUUGACAAUCACAAUGGCACAAAAGAGCUUGAUUAUCACAGCAGUGUGGACAGGCUUGUUGGUAUUAACAAUCUAGAAACGCUUGACAAUCAUAACAGUCUGGAAGAGCUUGAUAAUCAGAACAGUCUGAAGGAUCUUGACAAUCAUAAGAGUCCAAAAGAGCUUAGUACUGAAGGUGGUAAUUUUUCUGCAGCAAGACAUACUGGUGGUUUUCUAGAUGAGCAGUCUAACACUAGAAUAUGUAGCGAAGCUCUGGUCAUGACAUCACAAAGUGAUUCUGUGAAGGAAUCUAUUGCAUUGCAAUCCAAGGAUAGUUCCCAGGAUAAUUGUGUUCCUGCUGAUCAUGAGUAGGAUAAUAGGGUAUGUGGACAGUAAGGAAAGUGCAGUCGGACAUGUUUUUUUUUUCUGAGCUUGUACUGUUCACUUGUUCAGUCCUGCUGCUGCUUUGCUAGGGAACUCAUUUGACUAGUGUUGUGGGUUGCAGAGCUAUCUGGCAGCUUAGUUUGUGCUGUAGGAUAUAUUACCUUGGUGAUGCAACACAAAAUAAUAAUCUGCAAGAAGGAAAAUAUACUUUUUGGUAUUCUUCAUAUUGGUCAUUUCCUCAGGGACCUGACAAGCGAAGAGUUGGAAGUAUUGACUAUGACGUAAACUUUUGUUCUUGGUAGGGCUGAUAUAUAGGGAAUAUAUGGGUACCAUUUCCUGCCCAUGCUUUCCGGUCAGAGCUUGUGAUUCAUUGUGCACUUUGAUGAGAUUGUGCAUUGAUUGGGUUUCUUCAAGUACCAGUGGUUGUUUUUGGCUAUGCUGCAACUAACUCAUGAUGCAUAAGGAAGGAGAUAGAGAUGAAGCAUUCAGCCAUUCACUACCGCUGUCAAGAACAAGGAGUUCCCAUUCUCCAUGAUUUCCCUUGUGCACUCAAUAGAUGUUACAUCAGAUUGACUAGAUAUCUUGAUGGUUCAUUUUUUUUGGCUUUUUCUAAGUGCUGCUGUACAUCCUGCGAAAGAGUUUAUCUUGGCUUAUUGUUUUUUCCUGUAUAUUGGUUCCAUUAGGCUUCAGGAUAUAUAUAGGGAAAAUACUAGCUCACCAUGCAGUUUAACUGACAGAUUCAGAUCGUAGAAUGAUUUUGUUGUACUUUGCUGGCUCUAUUUCCAUCUGAUGGUUAUACCCUGGUUUAGCAAUCUCU